AACACGUCUGUAAACAAAUCACAGUAUUUUGUUUACAUACGUUGACUGGCACGUGUACAUACACAUAUUUUGCAAUCUUAAGUGAAAUGGAUACACACGGGUUACGACUUCUGUCUCUAAUUUGUUUGCUAGUUACUAUUUAUUUCACAGGAACACUAAUUUUUACAAAAGGCUUUCUCUUAAUGCGAGCGACUGUGAAUCAGAGUAGUUCAUGCAAUGUUGAUUUCGCAGUACAAGCCGAUGACCACGGUGAAGGCGGCUGCUGGAUGCAUAUGCGCUAUAAGAAGGCAGUCAUAAUUUUAAUUGAUGCACUUAAAUACGAUUUCCUUAAUUAUAACACAAGCUUACGCAAUGAAUUGGAGCUGCCAGCAUUUAAAAAUAAAUUCCCGAUGGUUCAUCAGCUCUUAAACAGACAUCCUAACAAUGCCAGACUGUACAAGUUUAUUGCUGAUCCUCCAACAACUACACUGCAACGAUUAAAAGGACUUACAACCGGUAGUCUGCCCACGUUUGUUGACCUAGUUUCCAACUUUGGAAGUUCGGAAAUAGUUGAAGACAAUAUUAUUAACCAGUUAGUGAAGCAUGACAAGAAGGUAAAUUUUAUUGGAGAUGAAACAUGGAUGGAUCUUUUCCCAAGACAAUUUUCUAAAUCGUUUCCAAUUCCAUCUUUCAAUGUCAAAGAUAUACAUGUAUGUGAUAAUACAGUAAUAAAACAUCUCAUGCCGCAGUUGAAAAAACAGAACUGGGAUGUGCUCAUUGCCCACCUUCUUGGUGUCGAUCACUGUGGACAUAGAUUUGGACCAAAUCAUCCAGCCAUGGCACACAAACUUACACAGAUGGAUGAUUUAAUAAGAAAUGUGACCCGCUAUUUGAAGGACGACACAAUCCUGUUUGUUUUUGGCGAUCACGGAAUGACAAACACAGGGGACCAUGGAGGUGACAGUGAUGAUGAACUGGAAGCCGGACUGUUUGUUUACAGCACUGUACAGAUGACAUCAUCUGCCUUGGGUCCUGACAAGACUGUGGCCCAGACCGAUAUUGUCCCGACUGUAGCUCUACUUUUGGGUAUACCUAUUCCAUUCUCCAGCCUGGGCAUGGUUAUCACAGAUCUGUUUAAUCACUGCCCGUGGUGGAAAACCAGCAACAGUGAAAUAAAACAGGUCUACCACACAAUUAAAGCACUUCGACUGAAUGCAUAUCAGAUGAGUCAGUAUCUUACGAGCUACUCCAAAAUUGCAUCAGACUUGCCACUAGACCGGUUUCAUCAGCAGGAAGAACUGCUUAGAAAUUCCGAAAAUGAACUUCAGCGAUUACUGACAGCUAUGGUGACAGAAGGGGAGACAACUGGCAUGCUGGGGAGACUGAAAACACUUCAGUCAAAUUACAUGAAGUAUAUCGCCGAUGUCCGUGAAGUGUGUCGAUCAAUCUGGGCCAAGUUCGACAUUUCUUUGAUGGUCAUUGGAAUCAUAACACUGGCUGUGGGGUUGCUAGGCAACAUAUACUUUUUUGUUACAAAAAAUAUCAGCGACGAGAAAAUACUAGUCAGGACUUUAGUUGUGGUGGUGGUUUCUGUUCUUUAUCUUCUUUACGCAAUUAUUCAGAUGAUAACGGAAUUCCUCCAUCCAUUGGUGCUCAUUCAGUUUGGAUCUGUUGUUGUUUUAGUGCUGUGCGUGUUGGUGAAAUUGUCAUUGUCAUCGAAAGAAGAAACUCAGUCUGACAGGAAAACAUGUGCAUCCAUGUUAGAUCUGUUCGCGAGUUUGAUCUGCGUUAUUUAUUUUUGUAGUUUCUUUUCAAACAGUUUCGUCGUCUAUGAAGACAGGGUGUUGCUGUUUCUGACCCAGACCAUGGUCUGGCUUUACUGUCUAAAAGCCGUCCGUACGAACUUAAGCAGCGUGUCGCUGGCGGUGCAAAGUCAUCCGGAUGUAACCUACAGACAGAAGAAAACACGAGUCACGUUUGAUAUUGGUGAAGUCAUUACGAACCCAGCGGUGGUGUGCUUAAUGACCACAGCGGCCUGUAGUCUGUGCCUUAAAUUAAUGACAAACUUCCGAAUGUGCCGUGAAGAGCAGGUGAACUGUACUUCUACAAUAUUUGCCGAUCCUCUGGCUAACCUCAUUGGCGAGAGAAAAUCCUUGAGAAACUUCCGUUACUUUUUUAGUGUUUCUUGUGUUGCACUUUUCACUUACCUCACACGCAAGUGGAUGCAGCAUUAUGGCAAUUUAAAUUCCACCACUUUCUCCAUGAUCUGUUAUAAAUACGGAUAUCCGUUCUGUGCAGUUUGUUGUGCUUUAUUCUGGGCGCUGCAAGGACUCCCGCAGGUGGUAUUCGAUUCCCUCCCAUCCUGGCAGCACAUGGUCCUUCCUUGGCUGGUGUAUGGAACUCUUCUCAUCUCAGUUGUCUCCCUUGUGGCCGGACCCUUGUGUGUGCUGCAGCUGGCAACAUCUAAAGCCAGUGCGGCUUUCUAUGGAACCAGUCUACCCCAGCUCAUUCCACAAGUUUACAACCAGCUAAAGAUAGAGCUGCAGAAUGAUUCCGUGGAGGACAAACCGCCAACAGUCUACGGUCUGGGCUCGGUGUACAGUGCCAGCAUUGUUCAUCUGCUCACGGGCAUCGGCCUCUUCCUCGUCUUGUUGCUAGGCGACCGAUUCUCCCCCAGUAUCUUGCUCGGCUUGAUCGCCUGUUUUUUCUUCUUGGAGCUAUAUUCAGCAGGUUUACCACCACGUACAGAUGACAGCACAGUCGAGAUAUCGUGGUCCACUCUAGUCACCCAUGGCCUACUGAUGUCUCUCAUGUUCUACGGCACUGGACACCAAACCACCAUACCGUCCAUCAAAUGGGAGAGUGCCUUCAUUGGUUUCCACGGCGAUGAGGUCAGCGCUUUGAUAGCCGGCCCCCUGGCUAUCAGCAACACGUUUGCGGGUCACAUUUUCUUCACGGUCGCGUGUUCGCUGUAUUUGUUUUGGCCGUAUCUGGAAGGAGUUCUGUGUUUGGCGAUGACGCAAAGACAUAGGAGUAGCGCCCCCUGGAGAGGAGAUUUCGCUGUGUACAAUGACGGAAUUUCCCUGAGGACGAAUCUGUUCAAGCUGGUGCUGGGAUUUAUCUUGUUCUCGUCCAUUAAGCUGCUGGGAUCAGUGGUGGCUGCCGCCAUGCAUCGCAGACAUCUCAUGGUGUGGAAGAUCUUCGCCCCGAGAUUCAUGUUCGAGUCUAUAUCCAACAUUGUCAUCUACAUUGUCUUAUUUCUCGUCUAUUUGUUUGUCUUGCGUGUCGACAGUGCGUUGUCCAAGUUCGUAAAAACGUCCAUGACCUGAUUUUGUUCAAAUAUUCUUGUAUUUUAUGUAGAGAAUAACAGGCUAAUUGAUGUAACGGGUCUAGUUCUGGGUGAGUGGACGGAUUUGCCAACUUAUCAGUUAAACUUUAAACAUUUUAGAAACCCAGUUACUUAAAACAUAUCAAUUAUUACAACAUUUUUAUUUCGCCAAAUUAAAACAAAUUUUGCUGAUUGUUUUUAAAAUUGGCAGUUGUUGAAUUUGGUGAGAUUUGGCGAAUCCCUGUGUAAGAUAUCGGCUGUAUCCUGUGACGGUAAGAAUGGGGACUCCAUGAAACUUGCUGAACUGAAUUCCUCAUUCAUCUUGAACAGGAUAAAGCUGAUAACGUAUAUUAUCAUCCUGUUGUUAUUUUUAUCCAGAUCUCCAUCAAAAAUAACGAAACGAUCAUAUUCCACAUUCUUUAUGCACAAAUGCUCAGGGUUGUGAUUUUUAAAGAUUUUUUGUUGCUGAUUUCAGUUUUUUUUGUGUGAAAUGCUUUUCAAAAAGUAGACUGAAUUUGAUCUGAAAUGCUGAAAAAUGACCUUUAUUAUAUAGUAUGGAGGUUUCAGUGUUUUAAAGAUUAUUUCAGCUUUUAUUUUGAAAUGCGUAUCACAUCCCUGAAUUAUUUUGUGUGAUCAAUCUACACUGUAAGCAGUAUGAUUCAAAACAAUAUUCCUAAUAUAUCAUUCAUUAUAAGAUGUUAAAUUUCUCACAUCAAAAAUUAAUGUUUUUUUAAAACUCUUUUAAUUCAUAAAUAAUCACCACACCAAAUUACCUAACAUCUCGUCCAAAAUUAAUAUUAAUAACUAAACUACUGAAAAUGUCUGAAGUACAUGAGUACUUGGGUCACUUGACAAUCAAUACUUGUAACAGUUUCUGACUUGGCUUUAAUCUACAGUGAAACCCCUCUAAACCGGACACCCUUGUGACCAAGACAAAUGUCUGGUUUUAAGAGGGAUCCGGUUUAGAGAGGUUAAGUUAUGUCCUGGUUUUUAGGAAGAGACUCUGUAAGAUGUCUGGUUUUGAGGGAAUUCCGGUUUACAGAGGGUCUGGUUUUAAGAGGUUUCACUGUAUUACUACAAACAGUAGUUGUAGGAUAAAUUCAUCUUCAUGACUAUGCAUUUUGUGUUCUCAUUUUAAAAGGUUAUCUUUAUAAUAAUUUGUGAACUAUGAGUUGUAUGGUUUAAAUGUACUUUACUAUAUGCGUUGUAUUCACAAUAACUAGUAAACAGUGUUACUCCUACUUUAGCUUUCACAUAAGCGCUGUAAAGCAUCUUCCAAAAUACCUAUGCUAAACACCACUUGAGCACAUUGAUUUGUUAAUCAUUGGCUAUUGGAUGUCAAAUCUAUGCUGUACAUUCAAAACUUAUCAGAAAACAAGGACGCUGUAUAUGUGACAUAUGUUAAUGUUUUCAGUAUGUUCACUAUAUAUACAAAUAAAACAAAUUAUGUCACUAUUCAAUAAAAAAUCACAUGGAGUAUGUCAUUGUUAAAGAGAGUUAACGUUUGGCCUUUUUACCCCCAUUAAUACAGAGUUAUACAAUAAAACCCCAAAACAACCCCACGCAAAGCAACCAACAACAUUGAAACAGCCUUUAUUAGAAUUGAAAACAUACGUAAUGUCAUCUUUUGAUAUUUGACUACAACUUGGCAAAAAAAGAAAUAUUUUGUCUCGUUUUAACUUUACUUUAUUAUAAGUUAACCUUUAAAUGCAAGUUGCAGUAUCUGAAGUCCGAACCAAAUUGUUAACAACUACGAUAAAUUACUCUCCUACCUGUAAUUACCAUUACAUUCCCCCCACAUUUUGUACAGUUGUGAAAAAACCCAUUACAGUGACACAGAUUUUACAUAUAAGUAUGUAAAGAUGUCACCAGUAUCAACUUCGCUCAGAUCGCAUAGGCCGAAAUACAUGCAGUUUUCUGCCGUCUGCCAUGUUGCUUUUUUAUGGAAUACUCUUCAAGAGGGGUGAAAGCCUCCAAAGUAUGUGACAUAAUUAAUAAAAAAUCA